GUAUGUCAAAGAACCAAGGUCCACAGGCAUAAGCCUUAUGGCCUGCUAAGACCCCUCCCCAUUCCUGAUGGACCCGGUGAAUCGAUCUCCAUCGACUUCACGGAYRUGGGAAAGGUGAGUGCAACAGGGAAUUCACAGGUCAUGGUCAUCGUGGAUCGUUUCUCCAAAUUUGUGAAUCUGAUCCCUUUCUCUCCCCAUGCACCAACUGAACUUGUCAUUGAGGAAUUCCAUCAGCAGUACAUUCUGCAGUUUGGCGUCCCGAAAACUAUUGUGAGUGAUCGGGACACCAGAUUCAUCAGCAAAGAUUGGAAGGACUUCACGUCACAGAUCUAUGACAUUAAAUUGAACAAGACUUCUGGUCGACACCCCGAAGCCAAUGGAUUGGCUGAGGAGAUCAACCAGGCUGUCAUCCAACUACUUUGCGCAUUGAUUGUUCCAGAUCAGAACACUUGGGACAAGGAGCUGCACAAUGUGAAGGGACUGUAUAACAAUUCCAUUCACUCUGCAACUGGCGUGACACCAAACCAGCUGCAGUAUGGAUGGCUGAUGCGCAAUCCCCUCUCCUAUCUAUUCCCCGAAUGGUCACCUGGUCUGAUGCCCGACAUGCCUGGCUACAAUGCCAAGUACGCACGCUUGCUCAAAACUGUGAUUGCAGCCAUGAACAAGCGCCAGCAUGCCAUGAUCAAACAUGCCAGCAAGAUGCGCAAAGAAGAGAAAUUCGAAGUAGGGGAUUAUGUUUGGGUCAAAAUGUCUGAGUUCUCUGACGAAGAGGGCGUAUCACGAAAGCUCCUUCCUUUGUGCUAUGGCCCUUGGCAGAUUCUGAAGGUGAUUGGGGAUGAUUUUGGCCCUUCAUUUGUGAUUGACGUGCCUCCUCAUCUGCGCACGUAUCCAGUUUUUCAUGUGUCCAAACUGUUUCCGCACAUUGAUGAUGAGACUUUUCCCUUCCGAGAUCCUAUGAUACCUCGCCCUAUCGACGGCGACCAUGAGAUAGACAGAAUCGUAUCUCACGAGGGCAGAGGGAGGAACAGACAGUACAAGGUUCACUUCCUCUAUCACCCAUUAACUGAAUUUUUCUGGAUCGACAGGAAAGAGCUGCUAAAGAAUGGCCCCCGUGUUGUGAACGCUUACGAAAGACAGAUCGCGGAGGGACAGACUGCUAAGUUCGUUGCAACAAUGACUUCUCAUGGAUUGACUAAGUCUCUCUUCUGAUGUACUCUUACGACGCAUUCUGUGCCAACUCUGACUGAGUUAUUCGCUCGAAGGGACCUCGCUCUCGAGAGAGGAGUAAUGUAAUGACCCACCAAAAACACAGACUGAGAACACUGCUGAUUUUUGGGAUUUGUCACUGGAAUGAAUGCCUUGCUGUGAU